AUGGUGAUCCACUCCAGCGUACCGAAGGAGAUUAUCUCCGAGGUGGACGGUGUCAAAGUCGCUUUCCGCCCUAUCGAUCUGCCAAAUGCACGAAUUGUUCAUGGCAGCCAGUUCCCUCUGGCAAUGACUAUGACGAAAGAUUCCGGCGAGAAAGUCACUCUAGACGAGGCCGCUAACGCCAUCCGCGAUCUUUCGGAACGAGGAAUUACUACCGACCUCAUGAAUAAGCACGGUGCGUUGGUCCUUCGUGGCCCAGGGGACCCAUCUCCCGAGGCAUUCUCCAAGCUCGUACACGCCGCAGAGGAAGGCCGUGGUCGUGUUCCGUAUGACCAGAUUGGCCUUGCUGGAAGCCGAACUGUUCAUGGCAAGGAGGUCUUCAGUGCGUCCGAGUCACCGCCACAUCUCUGGAUCUACCACCACAACGAGUACUCCCGAUACACGAAGUUCCCUAGCAACAUUCACUUCUUCUGCAACGUUUCUGCCGAGGAGGGUGGCGAGAGCCCGUUCUGUCACAGCGGCGAACUCUUCGACCGCCUUCAGGAAGACAUCCCGGAAUUCGUCGAGGAGGCCGCAAGGAGAGGCCUCAACUCCCCCGAUGUCUACCGAGCCCCCGGAAAGGAGGGCAAGAACUUUAUCUUCACUUGGGCCGGACCACUGGCCUUUGGCCGAAAUAUCAAGCCGGGAGAUGAUAUGGCUACGAUGAAAGCUAAGGCCGAGAAGGAGGUCAUCAAGCUGACACCUCACUUCUGGUGGAUUGAGGAUGACCAGCUCGAGGUUCACCAACACGUCCCCGCUUUCCGCCGUCACCCAGCUACCGGCAAGCCUAUUUUCUUCAGCAGCAUCCCGGGCCGCUACGGCACUGCUCUCGAUCGAGGCGCAACUGACCCCCCAUAUAUCGGAGACGAUGGAAUGGCAUUCCCUCCCGCAACUUACACUGACGGUGAAGCCAUCCCGAAGAAGUACCUCCACCGGGCAUGGGAGAUCAGCAACGAAUGCCAGGUGGCCAUCAAGAUGGAGGAGGGCGACAUAGCUCUCGUUGACAACUACCAGACGACUCACGCCCGCGCUCCUUGGACGAAGGGUAACAGGAAGGUGUUUGUAAGUAUGUGGGAUACUCUCGACCCGAAGGAGAAGAUCCUCGACUAUUGA